AAAAGCCGCUGCUUUUCUCUUAUUUUCUCUCUCUUUUUGUGUCCAAAAAUCCAACCAAAUCCUACGUAACGUAGUUUUGCUCUUAAUUUCAACCCCCCCAAACCCGCCACUUCGUUUUACAUCUGUUUUAGUUUAGAUCUCUUCCAUGUAAAAAUAAAAAAGGCCUCACCUUUUUGACACCAAUACACAGAACCAAAACACACUUGUCAAAACCCAAAAAGGAAAAACCUUCGAACUUUAAAGACUUUUUCUUGGUUUUUUAAGAAUUACCCAUUACUUGUUCGUGAGUUAUCUUCUUCAUCAAGCCGGUUUUAGCCUUUGAAUGUGAAGGGAGACGAGAGGAAUAUAGGGAGAAGGGAUGGCUGGUGGUCAUCAUCAUGUUGUUAAAGUGAAGAGGGAGACUUUAGAGUCAUGCAUGACAUGUCCUCUUUGUAAUAAGCUUUUAAGGGAAGCUACAACUAUUUCCUUGUGCCUCCAUACGUUCUGUAGGAAGUGCAUAUAUGAGAAGCUCUCGGAUGAGGGGAUGGAUUGUUGUCCUGUAUGUGACAUUGAGCUGGGCUGUCUUCCAGUCGACAAACUCAGGCCAGACCACAAUUUGCAGGAUAUAAGGGCCAAAGUUUUCCCUUUUAAAAGAAGAAAGAUUAGGGCUCCUGAGGUUAUGCCUUCAACCUCACCUCCUGCCAAAAGGAAGGAAAGAUCACUAUCAUCAUUGGUGGUCAGUACUCCCAAAGUGCCAAUGCAGACUGGCUUGACUGGGAGGAGAACAAAAGCUACUGCACGAAAAAGAGUUGCUGCUUUUCGAGGAUGUAAUUUCUCUGUUGAGGAAUCCCUUAAGAAAGAAGAUUUUGCAGAAGAUCAUCCCUCAGGCACAAGCUCACCUGAUUCCUCAAACAAAAUUAGUCAAAGUAAAAGGCAGGUAAAGGAGGCUGGAGAAAGAUUCUUUAAGGACUCUUCCAUGGCAGAACCUUCUAGUGAACGCAGGUCAAACGAAGAUACAGAUGAUGUUGAAAUGUUAGAAGGCAAAGCAGAUCUGUGGACCCCCUUAAAUUGUCUUGUUGAAGCUGCUAACAGAAAGUCAUCUAAGCUAAAUUCACAGGGAUUGGCUACUUCCAAGGCUGAGCCACAUAAUGCCCCUGAUUGUCACUUAUACAUACCGGAAACAAAAGCUGACCUGGAAUCUGCCACUGUUCCUGAUGGCAAAUUGUGUAUUCCUAAAGCUAAGAGUAAGGAGCAUGGGCAGAAUACAAAAGUCCAGGAUGAAAAGAAUGGGGCAAGUUUGAUUUCAAGACCUGUGAAGCGUAGAAGGUUACGUGCAGCAGCACAAAAGAGGGCAGCUGCCUCUCAGCAGGCUGCCUCAGCUAGAGUCAUGCUAGACACUUUGGGGGCUAAGUGUAACAGGAAAGAAAGUCCAAUUUGGUUCUCAUUAGUUGCUUCUGAAGAUCAGAAAGGAGAUGCUUCGCUGCCACAGAUUUCUGCAUGCUACUUGAGGAUAAAGGAUGGUAAAAUGCCUGUCUCAUUCAUCCAAAAGUACCUUGUAAAGAAACUUGAUCUUGCAAGUGAAGCUGAGGUGGAGAUCAUGUGCCGGGCUCAGCCUGUUCUACCAACGUUACAACUUCAUAACUUGGUCGAUCUGUGGUUUCGCACAGCAUCAACUGCGAAAAAGGUCCCAGCAUCUGUUGGCUCCUCAGCCAAGGACUUUGUGAUGGUUCUAUCAUAUCGCCGAAAAGUUCAAGCUCCUUGAGGCAUCCAUCUAAUUUUUCCAUGUUGCUUUUUUAUCAUCUGCAACUAAAUAUAUGUUUUCUAAGAUCAUCACAGUUUUAUUGUAUACUAGUUUACCUGUCAUGUAUGCUUGUACCAUGCAUGUAAUACACAUGAAUUUAUUUAAUUUAUUUUAUUUCAUUCUUACCAAA